UAAUUUAUGCAAAAUAAAAAGGCACACCAUUUCAGUGGACACGAGCAGUUACAACUAAAACGUGUAACGUGUAACAUCUCCAGUUUAACAGAAAGUGGAUUAAUAAUAAUUAAUAAAAAAAUUAAAUUUUUAUUUAAUUAAUAAAACAUUUAAUAUAUGAAUUAAGAUAUGGCUGGUCCAUUUCUUUCGCCUUUACCGGGAGAUCUUUUAACGGAAUACAUGUUUGGUAGACGGCGUCAACGUCGUAAUCGUACUACCUUUACCCCUCAGCAAUUGCAAGAACUUGAAGCUUUGUUUCAAAAAACUCAUUAUCCUGAUGUGUUUUUACGCGAAGAAGUUGCGUUAAGAAUAAGUUUAAGUGAAGCUCGUGUCCAGGUCUGGUUUCAAAAUCGCCGUGCAAAAUGGAGAAAGCAAGCUCGAUUGCAAUUAUUACAAGAUGCUUGGCGGAUGAGAUGCUUAAGUUUAGGCACGCCACCUGUUAUAGGCCAAGGAGCACGUACAUCAAGUGGUUCAGUACUAAAUGCAACUACCGCAGCUUCUACACCCCCUACAACGAUACAACAAAAUGAUAUAUCAAUACCGGAAAAUUUAUCAAAUUCUAAUAGCAAAGACUCAUUAAAUGAUAAUAACAAUCAAACAGCACAAAAUUUUACUAUGAUGCAUCCUGCUUUUCAACAACAGCAGCUGCAAGCGCAAAAAUCUGGUACCACAGAAACUAAGACUAAUAAAAACAAUAGUGAAGAUGAGGGAGAUAAAACUUAUACAGAAUUGAAAUUGUAUAAAGAACAUCAACAACUUCAACAGCAACACCAACAGCAUCAUUCACAAGUAACAGAAACUCUACACGGGCAGAUGUCAACAGAUCAUCGUUUAAUUGCAGCGCAUUUGGAGCAAAACUCUGAUGAUGGUUCAGACAGUUCGGAUUCAGAGGAGAUCGAUUUGACUUCCGGUUCUUGUUUGGAUUUUUCAAAUGCUGGUCGACAAGCACAACAAACUGUUGUUAACACUAGUAAUCAACAGGAGUCACUAGCUAUUGCUACUAAUGGGGUGCACUAA